AUGGUGGAAUUAGACAUGAGAGAUGAUACUCAGAUGCCGAGGCCUAAACCCAACGGAGAGUUAGAAGAAGUAACCAUCGGAGAUCCAGGACAAACUGCAAAGAUCGGAGCCACUUAUCAAAGAAUGAUGAACCAGGUGUUUGCAGACCAGCUGGGCAAAAGUGUUGAGGUAUACAUAGAUGACAUGAUAGUCAAGUCACUAAAUUCAACAGUGCAUAUGGAAGAUUUGGAGCAGACAUUUGAGAAAUUGAGGCGACACAACAUUUGGUUAAACCCAGCAAAAUGCGCUUUCGGGGUCUUUGCGGGAAAGUUCCUCGAUUUUAUCUUGACUCACAAAGGUAUUGAGGCUAAUCCGGAUAAGUGCAGAGCCGUGCUAGAAAUGAAGGCUCCUACGAGCAAGAAAGAAAUACAACAAUUAACGGGGAGAUUGGCCUCCCUCACUAGGUUUCUUCCCCGGUCUGCAGAAACAACAUUACCUUUCUUCAAGUUACUUAGAAAUGAGGUGCAAUAUGGAUGGACCUCAGAAUGUGAAGCCGCGUUCCAAGAGAUAAAAAGGCAGUUAGCUUCUCCUCCAGUGUUAACAAAACCAAGGGAGCAAGAAACUUUGGUAAUGUAUCUUUCUGUGGGUGAUGUUGCUGUCAGUUCGGUCCUAGUACAAGAAGAUGAAGAAGGACAACAACCGAUUUACUUCGGACACAAAAUCUUGGUCAGGUCAGAUUUUCCAAUUCGGAAAAUUCUCCACAAACCUGAUCUAGCAGGAAGGAUGAUGAGCUGGGCUGUGGAGCUGUCAGAAUUUGAUAUAACAUUCGAGAGUCGUAAAGCAAUCAAAUUCAAAGCACUACCAGAUUUUGUUAGAGAACUCACUUCAAUCCAAAAUGGGAAUUCGGAUAGCCUGGAUACCUGGAAAUUGUAUGUAGAUGGCUCCUCCAACUCAAAAAAUAGUGGAGUCGGGGUCAUCAUCGAAAACCCUGAGGGUGUAGCCAUUGAGUAUUCCAUGCAAAUGAGUUUUGAAACAUCAAACAACCAGGCAGAAUACGAAGCCCUCAUAGCCGGCCUUCAGCAGGCUAAGGAACUCGGAGCGCGGAGGCUGCAGGUUUACAGUGAUUCUCAAUUGGUUACGUCCCAAGUGGAAAGGAGUUAUCAAGCUAGAGGACCAUUGUUGACGAAGUAUUUAGACUCCGCUAGGCAGUUAAUGGCAGAAUUCGAACAAGUGGAUAUCAGCCACAUUCCGAGGAAUGAAAAUAGUAGGGCUGAUAUACUAUCCAAGCUAGCAAGUACAAAAGGAAGAGGGAAUCACAGGACGGUGGUUGAGCAGAGCAUCCCAGAGCCCACUUGUGUUAUGCAAAUAACAAGCAUUGAUGAUUGGCCUUUCGAUAUCAUCGAGUACUUCAAAAAAGGGACCUUACCGCCAGCAAUAGAGCAAGCCAAGAAAUUGAUUCGAGAAGCAACCAUGUACACUGUGAUAGAAGGCCAACUUUACAGGAAAAAUGGUUUUUUCACCUUUGUUAAAAUGUCUGAGCUCGGAUAG